AUGGUGUCUAUAGCACAGAUCGCUGAGCUCGACACCAUACAUCAGGAGUACAUAUCGGCGUACUGGUGUAGUUGUGCUAUUGUCUUGGCAGUCCUCACUCCGGUCCAUCUUGAGACCAUUGCUAGAAUUGUGGCGGAACGGGAGGCUGAUAGUUAUAAAUCCCACAUGCAUGACUUGCUACGGGCGAGUUUCGAUGCUACUAUCUGGGUGGACAACGAUCUGCGGGUUGUCGGGGAUUCCGAUCCGCGGCUGGACUAUGUCUUCUUGACGCCGAUGUGUGGUAAAUCUCUGCUGGACUUUGUGGAGGAUGAGAGUGAACGCGAACGGUUCGAAGCGUAUGCGGCUAAGUCGAGGGCAUCGAGAUCAACUACACUGUUUCAUGCGACUUUUCGUACGGCAGCUGAGGAAGGCUGUCGGAACUUCGACGCUGAUGUUUAUAUGACUUCCAAAUAUUCGUUGUGGUUGCAAGCUGGUCAACAGCAUUUGAUCGGACUCCGGCUCCGGGAUAACCGAUCAGAGCCAGGUUCGCCGAAGCAAGGCAACGUCAGCAACUUCCUCAGUGGCAUCUCGGGUCAAUGGGAAUGCCCUGAGUGUCGCUGUGUUAACUUUGACAAUGUCGAUACGUGUAUAUUAUGCGAGCGACCGCGAGGUGAGUUACUGGGCUCCUUGAAUGAAGGCAGUUCGACAUUUGGUCGGAGUUGUCAUUCGAGUCAUCAAGCUGCUAGUUCUACAAAAAGCUUUAUCUUUGAUACUAUUUAUGAGGACGAGGAUGAAGAAUAUGAGGGUAAUGAUGACGUGGCUAACGGUCCUGAUCAGUCGAAGGACCCCGGACUUGAGCAAGAGUAAUGAGAUUUUGUGAUUAAAUAGCACCUGUCCGUCGUUGGGAUGCGCUGCUGACUGGAGGAAAGCUUUUCUAUACCGUUACGUGGGAUUGAUCUG